GCUAUAUCUAGGACCCAUAACACUGUAAGUUAGCUAACUACCAUACGCAGCACUACACAUCGAAAGGGUCUCAUUACUUUAUAAUUUGGUGUAUGAAAAUCAUGGUUGUGUCGCCAGGAGUGUCCGCGUUGACUGAGAAUUCAAAUGAAGUGUUUCUGGACGUCGCCAAGCUGUUACUCACAUACGCGGACAACAUUUUGAGGUAUCCAAAUGAGGAAAAAUACAGGUCUAUCCGUAUAGGCAAUCCCACGUUCUCCACCAAACUGCUUCCCAUUAGAGGUGCAUUGGAAUGCCUGUUUGAGAUGGGAUUUGAGGAGGCUGAAACCCACCUGGUGUUCCCUAAGUCUGCAUCAGUGGAGCAGCUGAAGCUCAUCAGGGAAUCCAUUGCAUCAGAGAGAGACCAGAGGCUCCGAGGGGGGCAGCCUGACCAGCCUCCUGAGACAGCUGCUCCCUCACCUUCAACACAGGAAAGCCCUGCUACCUCCAGCCAGCCAGCUACUCCAUCUCCACCACAAACCUCAUCCUUGGAAAACAGCAUGAGUUUCUUUGUGACACUCCAGUCCAACUUCCAGCAUGUGAUGGUAUAUGAAAACCCUGAGCUGCAGGAGAAGGCCAGGAGCCACAUCCCUCACCAGGAUCUGUCCUCUGCUGCUGAACAGAAGUUAAAGCAAGCCAAAGAGGCUGACCCAGAAUGCAAACUUGGAAGGGAAGACUUCCUGGUGCUGGAGUUGCUCAGGUGGUUCAAACAGGACUUCUUCUCCUGGGUUGACAGACUGCCCUGCAGCCGAUGUGGAGGCACAACUCAGAAUGCUGGCUCGCUAAGUCCCACCCCUGAUGACCUCCGCUGGGGAGCACAGCGGGUGGAGAACCACUACUGUCAGACCUGCCAGCUCUCCACCAGAUUCCCCAGGUAUAACAAUCCAGAGAAACUGCUGGAAACCAGGAGGGGGCGCUGUGGGGAGUGGGCCAAUUGUUUCACUCUUUGCUGCAGAGCCCUCGGCUUUGAGACUAGGUAUAUCUGGGACAGCACAGACCAUGUUUGGACAGAGAUUUUCUCAGUCUGUCAGCGGCGCUGGCUACAUUGUGACUCAUGUGAGAAUGUAUGCGAUAAGCCUCUGCUGUACGAGGUCGGCUGGGGAAAAAAACUCUCCUAUGUUAUGGCUUUCUCCAAGGACCAGGUGGUUGAUGUGACCUGGAGGUAUUCCUGCAGACAUCCAGAGGUCUUGGCAAGACGAACCACGGUUCAAGAGGCCUGGCUGCUGCGCACCAUUACCGGGCUUAAUGCUGUGAGGCAGCAGUCCCUGAGUCCAGAAAGGAAGAAGGAGCUGACGGAAAGGCUACUGUUUGAGCUGGUGGAGUUCAUUUCCCCAAAGAAACCAAAACCAGGCGAGCUGGGUGGACGCAACUCUGGAUCUCUGGCAUGGAGGUUGGCAAGGGGGGAGACCCGAGGGACUGAUGCGCAGACGUCUCAACAGGUUGCGGGUUAUGUGUUUAUUCCUAAUGAGAGAGAGAAGAGUGAAAAGCUAGUCCAUGUGCAGUACAGCGCCAACAAGGACCAGUACUGUCGAGUGUCCAACCGCCAGGAGGUUAUUCAGGGCUGGGAUCAGUGUGUGUGGAAGAAAGACUCAGUCUUCAGGAAGGUGGAACACGACUGGCAGAUGGUGUACAUAGCUCGGACAGAAGGUUCCUCUUUAGGAAGAAUCAGCUGGAAGUUUGACUUUGCUCCAGUGGGACUGAAGAUGAAGGCCGUCUCAAUUAUGGCCCAAAGUCAGACCUUUCAUUCGGGGAAAGUCUGCUGGUGCUUGCGGCUGGACCAGAAAACUACAGAGUUCUCUGGAGAUGGGAAGAUGCAGUCGUUCCCGAGUCUCUCUGGCUCCUCUGAGUUUGUCAUUGAAGCAGAACUCAGCAGUGGGGAUGGAGAGUCGUCAUGGCAACACGCUCAGCUGUUCAGACAGAGUUUGAAGGAGACAGAGGAAUCCUCAUUUGAAAUCGUCAUCGAACUGGAAGAUGCUUGACAGUUGUUUUUAGUCAUCAAGAGUGGGCCACGAAAUUGUGUUACACUACCAAGUGCUCUGACAAGGUCAGGGUUAAUUAGGUGGACACAGGUUUUGAUUCAACAUUUGAUGUGCGAUAAAGCGUUCAGUGCAAUAAUUAAGUUUGUUUUAACUCUUCAAGAAUCUAACUAGCCAGUGGUAAAUGAUGCAUAGCCUAAUGGUAGGCAAAUGUAUAUUUUGUACCUGUCACAGAAUACAGAGAUGCUGUUACAUAUCUGUGUUCUAAUGCAUUUUCCAAAACUUCUUUUUGACUAUGGGCCAAAUUAUCUGAAAGCAUGAUGUAUGAGACAUACAAAUGUGAAGCAAAACUGUAAAUAGUGUAAACCACACAACAAGCCAUUGAGAUCUUCCCUCCACUGUGAGAGCGUGCAUAUUUGUGGGGCAUGAAGACAUUUCACUUUCCACACAGGAAACUGGCAGAUAUCUAGGUCAGCUGAGACUGUCUGUGCCCCCUUGCUAGUAAUGGGUUUAGGAAAAUGUAUAUUUUAGCCUUGUGAUUCUAGUGUUAAUGACUGUGUUAUUUAAUGCAGGACUAUGGUAUAGCAACUUGCCAUACCCAACUGACACCCUCUAUGUGUUUUAUUAUAACUAGAUUAAAUGAGUUAGUCUGGGCAUACUGGAACGGGCUGAAUGUUAAUAAAGAUAUGGGAUAAUAAA